AGUGAUGUGAGGAGCUGCAACCUGACCAGUCUCUCACUCUCUCUGGGCUCCGCUGUCUGCUGCUGGCCUCUUUCAGACCUCUCUUGUCCUGUCCUUUUUCAGCGUUUCUUUACUCUGUGGAUAUCCACCGUCUCAUUGGGCACCUUAUUAGAUCAGCUCUGUUGUUCUGACUGUCACAACGAAGGAAGGGAAGUCAGAGGGAGAGAAAAUGAUAGGCGUUCUUACUCAAAAUACAACGCCAGCUUUCUGCAGUCAAUUCACAUGCCCUCUUUUGAUUUGAAAUUUUCAAGCUAACCGUCAGAAGUCAGCUGGACAAGCGAUGAACUAGGCAUCUUUUUUCUCUGCCGCAACGUUAGUGAGAGGAAAGCCAGUAUGUAGUCGAUGUCGUUUGUUGCUGACGAGACCUCAUUUGGAGACCUUCUGCUCCCUGCUGCAUGUCUUUGGCUACUAUUUCAGUCUUGAACGACAACGCCUCUGUUUGAAAAUUAAAUUUUCAGAGAGAUUAUUAAUAGCAAGCCUAAAUGAUCAUGCUGGACACCAACUACUUCCUGUCCUUGGAGCCUGCCCCCUUGGACUCUCCUCCAAUGGGGACAGAGCUGGACAAAGAGGAUUCGAGGACUGACUAUGAGAGGCAUGCCUAUCACAGCCUAAAAGAAGUCCUCCAGCUCAAACUACAGCAGAGACGCACCCGGGAAGAGCUGGUCAGCCAAGGGAUCAUGCCACCACUGAAGAGUCCAGCAGCCUUCCACGAGCAGCGGAGGAGUCUAGAGAGAGCCAGGACGGAGGACUAUCUGAAGAGGAAGAUUCGUAGCCGUCCUGAGCGCUCCGAGCUGGUCAGGAUGCACAUACUGGAGGAGACGUCAGCAGAGCCAUCCCUGCAAGCCAAGCAGCUGCAGCUGAAGAGGGCCCGUCUGGCUGACGACCUGAACGAUAAGAUCUCCCACCGGCCCGGGCCCAUAGAGCUCAUCCACAAGAACAUCCUGCCCGUGGACCUGGACUGUCCCCUGCCCCACACUCUACUGGAUUCUCCUAAAGGCGCAGGGGAAUCGUCAUUGGACGAGGACAGCAGCGAUGCGUUGUCUCCGGACACGCUGGCCAAUCAGGACUCUCCCCUGGGUCCUCUCUCUCAGCUGUCGCCCUCUGACAUGCUCAGUAAGAAUGGGGUCGUGUCCCCCUCACAGUUCUUUACCCAGGUCCCGCCUCCUCCUCCUCCCCUGCUGCUGAAUGGCCAUGACUCCCCGCCACCGCAGAAGCUGACCAAUGGAACUGCCAUGGCAGCUGCUUCCCGCCCUGCUACUGGUCAGGCCAAGUCCAAGCCCAGCUCGGACCGCCCCCCACAGAGACCUAAGAAGGCCAAAGACAACAAGCCCAAAGUGAAGAAGCUCAAGUAUCACCAGUACAUCCCCCCUGACCAGAAGGCAGAGCGCGAGCCCCCCCCUCAGCUGGACUCCAGCUACGCCAAGAUCCUCCACCAGCAGCAGCUCUUCCUCCAACUGCAGAUCAUCAACCAACAGCAGCAGCACUACAACUACCACACCAUCCUCCCCGCUCCGCCCAAGCCACCUACAGAGCAGCCACCUUCAACCAACCCUGGUCCCUCCCCUUCACGCAGUGUUCCGCCAACGACCCCGGCCCCCUCCAAUCAGAAUGGGCCCUGUCGUCAAAGCCAAAACCCUGUGGGAGGGGCCAAACCUGUUACGCUGCCACCCAACCUAGAUGAUUUCAAAGUUGCUGAGCUGAAACAGGAGCUGAAACUGCGGGGUCUGACCGUCUCCGGCACCAAGAUCGACCUGAUCGAGAGGCUGAGGAAUUACCAGGAGCAGAACAGUGGGGCUGGAGGAGCUGCAACCCUGAAACUCAGCCUACCAACCCCACAGCACGCCUCCUCCCAGCUUGCUGGCUCCGGCACCUCCGCUCCCCCCCAGGCCGGUACCAACAGCCACCAGUCAGGAGAGACGGGCGGAAAGAUAGCCGCCUUCUCAUUGGCUCAGAGUGCUGCUCCAGUCCGCGUCGUGAGGUUUGGCAGCACGAGCUCCUCCCCCCCGGUGUCCCCCACCCCGUCAGAGCGGUCGCUGGCCGUGGUGAGCCCUGACGAGGCCGGCUGUAACGGAGACGUAUUCGGGGAGAUGGUGAGCUCUCCCCUGACCCAGCUGAGCUUGCACCCCUCCCCCACCUCCAUCAAAGAGGAGAACCAGGGUCUGUUAUCUGCAUGCAGCCUCGCCCGGGCCCAGUCCUGGCCUUUGCCCCCCGCGUCUCACCCUGCUGCCCCGUCUCAGGAGAGCCUGCCUGGGGCAGACUCGGAGCCCUCCCACCUGGACAAGGACCAGAUGCUCCAGGAGAAGGACAAGCAGAUCGAGGAGUUGACCCGCAUGCUGAGGCAGAAACAGAGGCUGGUGGAGACCCUUCGCUCCCAGCUGGAGCAGGGGAAGCAGACCGCUGGAGCCGGAGAGACGGAGGGCGUGGAGGGCCGCGCGUUGGGGAACAGUCCUGCCCUGAAGGCCAAAGCCUCCACCGUCAUCCAGCUGUCCCUCGCGGACGGAGAGGUGGUGAGGGUGAAGGAGGAGGUGGAAACGGAGGAGGAGGAGGAGGAGGAGAUGGAGGGAGUGGAUGAGUCUCAGCUGGAGAGACAGGCUAGGCCAACACGGUGCUCCCAGCAGACCCUGCUCAAACUGCAGCAGUACCAGCGGCUACAGGAACACACACACAGACAGCAACAACAGUCCAGCCAGUUACUACUACUACAACAGCAGCAGCAGCAGAGGAAGACACAACCUCCGGCACAAGAAAAGCCGUCUCGGCAGCACCAGGAACCACCACCACCACCGCAGCAACAACAACAGGCUCAGCCGAUCCGACAGGCCCAGCCGAUCCAACAGCAGAAAACUUCUGCCCAGUUGUUACUCCAGCAACAGCAGCUCCAGCAGCUGAUCAUCCAGCAGACCCAUCAGAAGCAGCUGCAGCACAAACAGCAGCAGGCCCAGCAGAGGAAACAGCAGAGACAGGCCCAGAGACCGCAGCAGAGCAAACAAACGGGUCCCGCUGUCACCACGCAGCAGGCCACUCCAGUCUUCAUCAACCAACAGAAUGGCACACAGGUCCCCGCCCAGACCUUCUCAUUGGACCUCCUAAAGUCAGGCACUACACCCACCCUGGUCACUGACAGCAACGGCAACCACUACCUGAUAGCACUGACCAAUCACAGCACAGAAGGCCAGAACGGCAUAACCUCAUUGGGCAAAUCCAGUGGAUCGCAACGCAUCACGUUGAAGCGGUUGCAGUCAACUUCGAAGAAACUCCCCAGCCAAUCAGCUGUUGAAAUACUUAGCCCGGACACCCAAUCAAAACAGCUGUUAAAAUCAGGCCCUAAUAACCAGCCUAUUAAAAAGCUUGUUCAGGAACAGAAGGUUGGUCUAGAGACUAACCUGGAGACUAAUGGCCUGACCAAUGAGGUUCCAGAGCCAAAUCAGUCCGUCUCCGCCCCGCCCGAUGUCCAUCCUUUCUUCGAUGAGGUGUCUAAUUCGUCUGAAAGCCAAAGUACCCCACCCCCGUCCCUCAAGAGAGAAGUGUGUCCACCUUUUGAUCGGCACACUUUGUUCACCCCUCCUCCUCCUAAACAGACCUCUUGCCCCUACACUCCACGCCCCAAAGAGAACGGCCUGAGCAGUCAACAGAUGGACGACCUGUUUGACAUCCUCUUGAAGAGUGGAGAAAUCUCUGGAUUCCGAGCCAACCCCGAUCCUUCCCUGGCCCACCUCCACUCCAACCCACCCACCCCGCCCUCUUCCCCCCUCCACCUGUCGCCCCCCACACCCCCUCCAGAGCCCUCCUUGCCUGCCCGACAGCCCUUGGUGUCACCCUGCACGGGAGGUGGUCGCCUGGAGGACUUCCUGGAGAGCACCACGGGUACACCACUAUUAGGGGUGGAGCCUGACAGUGAUCUGACUUUGAUUGACGACCUCCACAACCAAAUGCUGAGCACCUCCAGCAUCCUGGACCACCCCCCCUCCCCGGUGGACAUGGACACCAGCGACCUUGGCUUCUCGUCCCACGCAGCAGGCCUGGACUUUGGGGACCCAGCCCUCGACAGCAUGGACUGGCUGGACAUCUCUAUGGGUGGUGGGGGUGGAGGCGGAGGAGUAGGGGGGACGAGUCUCGCCCCCCUGGGACCCCACACGCCCCCCAGUGUGUUCUCGGCAGACUUUCUGGACAGCUCGGACCUCACUCUUCACUGGGACUCCUGUUUGUAGCUCCUACAGGGUGACGGGCGCUGAAGACUUGCGCGUGGAACACACGUGCUCACCCGUUCUGUGUACAGGCUUUUAUCUCUGUCAUGCGCGCGCACACACCUUCACUGUGCAGGCCCGGCACCGGAGCAUCGCUAGCCCAGCGUGCUGCACCGGGACAGGACGCCUUGCCCUGCAUUCACUCUACCCUCAUCACACUUAGACAGGCCAGAGAGACACACUGACCGGGUCCCAGGACGCGGGUGGAAGUGACUGGAGAAUUAGUGAGACGCCUGUGCGCUGACAAGGGGUGACAAGGGGUGACAAGGGGUGACACGUAGUAGGCGGCCCUGGUGUCAGUGGCGGCUCCCGACUUUGCACUUACGAUGAGGCUGUUGAUUGGUGGAACUCUGUUAAUGACGCAAACCAGUGGCACGUCCCCAACGACAGAACAGUGUUCACUGGCUAAUUCAAGGCACUGAAUGACCAGUUGAAGAACAGUGUGAAUGUGGCGGCUCGUAGGGACAGUGUGCAUGGUGUGCGCUGCACCUGCUUCAUGAUUUGAAAUGGUCUCACCCAUAAUGAUCAGGCCACGCCCACCAAAAGGAAGCAUACUUGCCUCCAAGGCUGUUAAAGGAGGAUGCACACUGUAUUGGGGAAACCUGUUGUUCAGUACCAUCCGUAACCUAGCAAAGGUUGACUGGAAUUGAGCUGAAUGCACUCCGACUGAUUUUAUUUAACCGCACUGGAUGAUGCGGUUACUGGAGGGGUUUGUUAGACCACUAUGCUUUACUGUAUAUGGGGUGUAUAUUAUCGAUUGUCCAUAUUUCUUCUUCCUGGUUGCUUAGUAUAGCAGUAUAGGGAGUUGCAGGAGUCACGGCUCGGCUUCCAAACAACUUGGACCUCGUCAUUUUAUAAGAAAAAAAACGUCAAAAUAAAAAUUAUAU